AGAGUCCAAUCACGACACCGAGGGGCGGGGCCAAGGCUAGGCAAUACACUCUAGGCCCCAAACCAUGCUUUCUUGAUCUUCUUCGGCCGCCGUCGCCUUUCCCGGAAGCGUCUCCAUGGCAACCGCGGCCUAGUCGGAUCCGGAGAAGCCUGCGAUGGAGAAAUACGAGCGGAUUCGGGUGGUCGGGAGGGGGGCCUUCGGGAUCGUCCACCUCUGCCUCCGCAAGAUGGACCAGAAGCUGGUGAUCCUGAAGCAGAUCCCGGUGGACCAGAUGACCAAGGACGAGCGCUUGGCCGCCCAGAACGAGUGCCAGGUCCUGAAGCUGCUCCACCACCCCCACGUCAUCGAAUACUACGAGAACUUCCUGGAGGACAAGGCCCUCAUGAUCGCCAUGGAGUACGCCCCCGGCGGCACCUUGGCGGAGUUCAUCCACAAGCGCGGGAGUUCCCUCCUGGAUGAGGAGACCAUCCUGCACUUCUUUGUGCAGAUCGUGCUGGCCCUGCACCACGUCCACAGCAAGCAGAUCCUCCACCGGGACCUCAAGACCCAGAACAUCCUGCUGGACAAGCACCACAUGAUGGUCAAGAUCGGGGACUUUGGCAUCUCCAAGAUCCUCAGCAGCAAGAGCAAGGCUUACACCGUGGUGGGCACCCCCUGCUACAUUUCCCCCGAACUCUGCGAAGGCAAGCCCUACAACCAGAAGAGCGACAUUUGGGCCCUGGGGUGCGUCCUCUACGAGCUCGCCAGCCUGAAGAGGGCCUUUGAAGCCGCGAACCUGCCUGCCUUGGUGCUGAAGAUCAUGAGUGGGACCUUUGCGCCCAUCUCGGACCGCUACAGCCCCGACUUGCGGCAGCUCAUCCUGGCCCUCCUCCACCUGGACCCCUCCAAGCGGCCCCAGCUGGGAGAGAUCAUGGCCCAGGCCCUCUGCGUCCGGCCCCUCCUCGACCUCUAUACCGACGUGGGCAGCGUCCGCAUGCGCAGACCCGAGAAACCUCUGGCCGCGGUUCCGGCAGUGGCCCACGGCAGGGCAGGAGGGGGCAUCGCUCGGGCCAGAGGAUCCCGCCUGGGCUCGGCCCGCCCGGGCCUCCCUCCGGCCCCGUCCUCCAUCUACACGUGGGGCUCCGGCCUGAGUGCCCCCCUGCGGCUGCCCAUGAUGAACACGGAGGUGGUGCAGGUCUCCACGGGGCGGACCCAGAAGGCGGGCGUCACCAAGUCCGGGCGGCUCAUCAUGUGGGAGCCUCCCCCGGUGGGCUUAGCAGGGGGCCCCUCCCUCCCAGGGGCCACCGAAGAAUUUCAGCCCCAGUUUGUGUGCCGCUUUCUGGAGGGUCAGUCGGGAGUGACCAUCAAGCACGUGGCCUGCGGGGACCUCUUCACCACCUGCCUCACAGACAGAGGGAUCGUCUUGACUUUUGGCAGCGGGAGCAGCGGCUGCUUGGGCCACGAGACCUUGACGGACGUCAGCCAGCCCAAGAUCGUGGAGGCCCUGCUGGGCUACGAGAUCACGCAGGUGGCGAGCGGCGCUUCGCAUGUCCUGGCCGUCUCCACCGAAGGGGAAGUCUUCUCCUGGGGCCGAGGGGACAAUGGCCGCCUCGGUUUGGGCACCCAGGACUCGCACAGCUCCCCGCAACAGGUGACCAUCCCUGCCGACCACGAGCCCCAGAGGGUCCUCUGCGGCAUCGACGCCUCCAUGAUCCUGACCGCCAAGAACCAGAUCCUGGCUUGCGGGAGCAACAGGUAUAACAAGCUGGGCCUGGACCGCAUUGGGGCGUCCCAAGGGGAGUCCCACCCCACGGAUUUGGUGGAGGAGGCCCUGCUCUUCAGCCCCGCUCGCUCGGCCCCCUUGAACGAAGAGGCCAUCAUCUGGGCGGACAUUGGGACGUCCCACUCGGCCGUGGUCACCGCCUUAGGCCAGUGCUUCACGGUGGGCAGCAACCAGCACGGCCAGCUGGGCCCCAUCCCCUCCCGCUCCAGCCGGUCACCCUACCUGGUGGAGGGCCUCCAAGCGGUCAAGGUGGCCAUGGUGGGCUGCGGGGACGCCUUCACCGUCGUGGUGGGAGCAGAUGGCGAGGUGUACACUUGGGGCAAAAGUGCCCGGGGCCGCCUGGGCCGGAAGGAGGAGGACACCCGCCGCCCGGGCCCCGUCCACCUGGGAGAGGCCCACCCCAUCCAAGUGGCCUCCGUCUCCUGCUGCCACGGAAGCACCUUGCUGGCCGUCAAACCCGUGACGGAGGAGCCCAACCCGCCAUGAUGGGGCACCAAGCAAGAGACCUUCCUCCGGGCAAGGGGUCACCCAGGUGAGGAUGGGGGGACCACGCCAACGAUGCACCCUCUUCAUCCCGUCCUCGAUGCCUGCUGAGGAAUCUGCUCCUCCUCCCGCAGCGUGACAGAGACAGAGACAAGUUUAUUUUUGUGGCCUGACUCAGAUUUGGGGACAUCAUCAUCAUCAUCAUUGCCAUCAUCACCACCAUCCGCGUGUUUGGAACCCGCCUCCUCCCUCCGUGACUCAGUGCCAACCCUUUCCAAGCCUCUUCCCUUCCUUAGCUUCACAAAGGCAUCGCUCUCUCUCGGGGAUUUAUUUUGGGGGGCGGAGACCACCUUUGACCUUCCCUCCCAGGGAUCCGUUCAGAAAGCUUGCCCUGAAUUUUCCUUCCAAGGGUUGAGUCCCUGUGUUACCGGAUUGGGAAAACGGAGGAGGGAAAGGACACUAGACAUAGACAUAUUUUUUCCGUCUCAGGAGCAACUUGAGAAACUGCAAGUUGCUUCUGGUGUGAGAGAAUUGGCCGUCUGCAAGGAUGUUGCCCAGGGGACGUUGCCCAGAUGUUUUGAUGUUUUGCCUCCCCUUUGCAUGGGGAGCUGGAGCUGACAGAGGGAGCUUAUCUACACUCUCCCCAGAUUCAAACCUCCAACCUGUCGGUCUUCAGUCCUGCUGGGGCUCUAUAUUUACAUAUAUAUCUACAUAUAUACAUAUAUAUCUACAUAUAUACACACACACAUAUAGAUGUACAUAUAUAUCUACAUAUACAUAUAU